AUGUUUUUCCUCUAUUGGCUUGGCUCGAAGCAGUCUAUGGUCGAUGCCUCAGCAGUUACAACCGAUGGGAAGAUAGAAAUUGCUUUGGAAAUUCUCACGAGCCUCCAUCUAGUGCACCGGGUUGAAUUGCCAAUUUCACUUCUCAAAUAUCUUAGUGAAGUGCAAUUAAGCCAGCCUGAACUUGGUGCAAAGCUUAAUCUCAAAUUCAAGGCUCAAAGGUUGAGGUAUAGUUUCAAGAAUAUGUUGGAUAAAUAUGGUGAAGCUGAAAUUUCUAUUGAAGAGAUAACUGCAAAUCUAAUGAGAGACACUACCAAGGAUGACGAAAGCGAGCUGCCUCUCAUUUAUCCUCCAGAAUUUGAAUGUCAGUUGAGUUCCAUAUUUGUAGUGGCUGAUACACCUUUGUUGUCAGUCGAGAGAGCCAGAGAAUUAAUCGAGGAAAGGAAGCAUCAAGAACGAGCACUCCUAACAAGGAUGGACAUUGUUUUGACGAACAAGGCUACCUUUGAGACAGAUUUCAGUGACAGUUCUAGAAGGGAUUCUACUCAUACUAGAGAACCCAUUUUGCAAACGCUUGGUGUGGAGUAUCCAUUUCCUCCUCACCUAGACUAUGUUUCACUUUCUACACCUCCAUUUCAUAUUGCACUGCCCACUCCACCUCUACCAGUUCAAAGCCAGUUCCACCUCCACCACCAUGCACCACCUCCACCUCCUCCACUAGCUACAAAGACUGACGUUGAAGAUCAAUCAAGUAGCGAGUCGGAAAUGGAGUCUUCAGAUGAGAAAGAACGAGGAGAAGUUGGACCUAAAAGGAAGCAUGUGAAGCAACAAGCUAUUUUAGGUCCUGCAGUUGACAAGUAUGUGGCUAAUGAUGCUGUUGGAUUGAAACCAGCUGCCUUAAUUCCGAAAGAAAAACCAAUAGUAAAGAAGAACUCUAUACUACAUGUGUUAGCAUCAACCUUUGAGAGACUACGGUUCAAACUGAAUCAAGGGACACUGGUGCCACAUGGGAAUUGCCAGAGCCUGACAAAGAGGCGUGAUUAUAAACCUGAUGCAACCUUGGAGGAACUAAAUCUCGGAAAAUUGCCCCCGGAGGAACUUUUAUCACUUCCAAUGUUUAAGAAUUAUGCUACUGGAAAUCCUGCUUCUGUUUUGUACAUAAAGAACUUAGCAAAGGAUGUUGCUGUUGAUGACUUCUAG